AUGACGCACGAAAGCAGUCUAUUUGACCUCGAGUUGAUCAAAGAUAUGCUUAAACAGCCUUACAAUUUGGCACAAAGAUUACCCAUGAUUCGUUUGUUCGAUCAAGGUGUUAAAUCGGAAGCCGCUGCAGUCGAGGCCGCGCAACAGCUUGACGCCUGGUGUCCCCCAGUUGACCAAACAGAAGAAGCCAAUGACUUUUUGUGGAAUCUGUGGGAGGUGAUGCUUGAUAUUGCUAGAAGUCCAGAAGUGACAACCGAGGUACAUAUCGGUCUUAUACGCAUUCUUGAGAAUCUGCGACCGUUCGCAAGAGGGAUGCUAAGCGUCUAUGGUUUCCCAUGGCGUCUCUGGGGUGGUUUCCCCCGGCUUAGGAUGGCCUUUGAAGAAGCUACUUCAGAUCCAACGUUUGAGGGCUCAGGCAUGCCAGAAUUUACUUCAGAGGAAGCAAAUAUCUUCAGAAAUGUGAGUUACUUUGAGGCUCGCUGCUAUGGAGCCAAUAUAGGACGCGGUUAUGGCAACUUGAUCGAUGCCAUGAGAUCAGCGCUCGAGGAAGACCUAAGCACCACUGAGAUAAGCAAAGUGGAACUCAAGAUGCAGGUUGCCUGCGAAUGGAUCUUGCAUGCCGCGAAUGCCUUACUUACAUGGGCGAGGGUCAACGGUGAUAUUACGGAUUUGCCUCGUGGCCACAUACAAUAUCUCGAUCGCGGGACUUUGUAUCAUGGGAAACCCUGGAUGUGCCUGGAGCGCUUGACCUUCUGGAUCGGCCGUUUUGAAGACAUCGGAAAGAAUGAAUCGAGGUUGAGUGAGGAAACUAGGAAUCGUGUUCUUGAAAGUGCUCGGUUUAUGAAGUCGAUUGAGAGCAGCCCGUAA